AUGUCUGCUUCUCCCAAUGCACUCUUUACAAACCGGACUCCCACAGCACCACCUGAACCAAAUUCACCACCUGAUCGAAGAGAUUGCAAGAAUACGGGCCAAGCCUGCGCUGACACCCCAUCAUCAAAGUCGAAGACGUUCGUAUCUAAGUUAUGGGCAGGUUUCAAACAGCCCAAGACUGUUUUGGCCAAACACCUGAAUGUCAAUAAACGCCUUCGCAAAUUGAUGUCGCUACGAAGGAAGGAAUCAGAGAUAGCGCCAAAAGAGCCUCAAAGUGCCCAAGAUGUAACCAAUACUGCAAGUCCUCCUUCUGAGCCUAACCCUUUUCCACCUCUCGUUCAGGAGACUGCGGUAGAGAUCUUGAAUCCUCCGGGCCGGCCUUUGGCAACCUGCACUCUUACAAGUAGCUCUUUAAGCUUAUCAUCACAGCCGGGAGCUUCGGCCAAUACCAGUCGAGCAACGGUUACUCGCCAGCCACAGAGCAUCAUUAACGUUGUCGAGGGCCAAUUCAGGGCUGAUGUACGCCACAGCACCUCUUUUAGCGAGGCCACCACCCUGCAGAAUUCUGACGUCGUCAAUGACAGUUCAAGCCAUCGACAAUCAACAGGCCGGCCUCUCACACCGACCGACUCCGCCCGUGGUUCCAUUAAUGAUCCCAGCAAUGUCGCUGCUCCUCCAGCCUCUUCUCAGCCCCUGCGCAUGUCUAUGCAAGGUCUCCAUAUCAACACCCAGCAUCUGAAUGUGCCAGUCUCGGACGACGAGGAUGGUCAAUCGACGGCCCGUGGAAGGAACAGUAGUGCCACCAGUGAAGGAGACUUUUUUGGAGUGGGAGGUCACUUCGACGAGUCGCCCGCUCAAUGA